AUGGGGCAAACGCUCAGCAGGUUUAGAUCAGAAAGAGAGGAAAAAGCCCGUCGGAAAAGGUAAGUUUUCACUCACGGACGGAUUGGUGGGGAUUGGUUUGAAAACUUUUUGAGUUGGUUUCUUCUCAAGUGGCUUUUUUUGCCGGAAUACUUUGUCGCAGAGAUAAGAUUUGCGCCGAAAACAUUUUCGGAAAAUCUGGUCGGAAAAUAAAUGGGUCGUUCUAGCGGAAAAUUUCCGGGAGCAACGGAAGUUACCAGUAGGUUAUUCCCAUUUUAUUGCUUAGAGGAAUCUGAUACCCAAUUCUUCGUUUCCAUAUUUUUACUGUUAACUAUUAUAUGCAAAUUCAUGUACAUAUAAUAUUCAUCUUUUUAUUCACCUUUUUUUGUAUACUGAAAGGCCCGGUUCAGACGCCGUACUUUUCACGAGCGAAAUCGGAUACAUUGAAUUAAGUACAUAAAAAAUUCGGCGUCUGAAUUGAUUAGGAACGCCUGUUUCAAUUUGGAGCGGCUCAGCCGUUUUUUCUGCCAAGCCGGGCCGGGAAUUUUGCCUUUGGAUCCUCUUUGGAACGCCUUUGAUUCAGAUGUCGAACUUUCCAUGUACCGAACCUUUCAGUUUGUAUUGAAAUUUGUAUUGAAUUUCCAUUUGUUAUAUUUAUAAUUUGUUUUUAAUUUCAACUCACCUCGGUCGUUUCUCGUUAUUUCACGCCUUGUGACGUUGUUUCAGGGCCAAAGUCGCUUGUCGAAAUUUUACUGUAACAGGGCUUCUCCAGUCGGUUCGCAAAUAAGUGGCAUUGCGGGAACUUCGAUUUUGUUUUUGUUUGUUUGUUUAUUUGUUCUUUCAUGUUGCUGUUAUCGCUAGUUAGUGCAAAUCGCCUUCAACCCUUUCUGCCUUCAGUAACAGAGCAAUGGAGAACUUAAGCAGCGACGACAACGAAGUCAUGAGCGAACAACAAAAAAGCAAAAUAACAUCAUGAGACCUGCUCAAGUUUCGUUUCCGCUUCUUGGGCAAAGCAAACCGAAAACUUUUAGGGGGAGCCGUUGAGAGAAUGUAUAUGAGAACCGCUAAAAUAGGCUCCUUGCAGCUAGCCAUUCACGUGGUACAAAACUGCCGUGCUGAAGAGCAAAAGUCGCACUGGGACAAGACAAACAAAGAAAAUUACCAUUUCAAAUUAUGUAUGUCUUUUGUUUGUCUUGUCCCGGUGCGACUUUUGCUCUCCAGCGUGGCGGUUUUGUACCACGUGAAUCGCUAGCUGCAAAGGGCCUAUUGGGCCUGAUAUCAAGUUAAAGCAAAAUGUUUUGAUUGGCAAAACGACUCGAGUCGCACGUGCAUCACCCUUUUUUGUACAUUUCUUUGCCGUCACUGCGCGACUACGACGUGAAAAUGCAUAAUUCCACGUAAUUUGGAGAACAUGGACACAAGACAACGACUAUCUUUUUCUUUUCCUGAACUUCGAUACAGUCUUUUAGAAUCAAAUCCAUAAAAAAUUGCCAAGAUUUGACGAAUUGAACGAGAUUAAAUGAACGCGAUAAAACGGAUAAAGUUUGAUGCAGCGGCGAUUUCUUUUUUUAAGUGACCAUUUCGUAGGCGUCGACGUCGUCUUUACUUAUAAGCUCCCUAAUGUUCAGCCGAAAGUUUCUCCUCACAGAAUCUGUUUGACUUCUUGAUCAACAGAAGGCUGAUAAUUCGCUUAGAUGAAGCACAGGAAUACAUCGAAUGUCUUCAGGAACGAUUCCAGCAGAUGGAGAAAGAGUAAGUUUUCUAACUUGUUACUAAAGCGAGUUAAAAUUAGGCUGAAUUCUUCCUGGAAUUCUUUGUAACGUAGCAUAAUUAUAUGAUCGUUAAGCUUAACUCUGAUCUCGUUUAAGUCUGCAAAUGGCAUGUAGAGAAUAAACUUCAAAUGCACCCCUCAUCAAAUUAUUUUAAUUUAUUGGCCCCUUCUACAGUCUGAAUAAUGGGACAAGUGAGAAACCCAUCAUUCGCCACUUCCACAUUUCCCAAAAUGCACCUUGUUUGCCCCCAACCUUUUGGAUAAGCUUUAUAGAGAGAUUACAAGUCACGUUUAUGGCGAACUGCAAACGUCAGAUUCAAGUUGAGUAUUUUUUGAAACAGAAAAUAAGCAGACAAAAACUGUCUAGUUCAAUUCUUAUGGAUAAAACUGGCGCGAAACUACUUAUUAGGGACUUUAAGAUAGGUCACUACGGUAGGCUGGGACGUUUGGAUGCGUAUACGGGCGGCCUGGGGCCAUGACGGUAAGAAGCCGCGAAAAUUUUCAAUUUAAGAUCAGACAACAAAACAGAGGACGGUGAAGUCAUGUGCUAAACUCGCUUGUCAUUUCUUUCGCAGAAGGCUCAAUUACUGAAGAAGAGUUUCUUAUUUUAUACGAAGAAUAAUCAGAGGAAUAAGGGUACAAAUUAAAGCUAGCUAGUUUUCAAAACUGUAGUCGAUGUUUUUAUUCGAAGUUUCUUUUCCUCAGCCAACACCUUUUGAGUUAUAAAGAAAUAUUUUCUUCGUAAAAAUACAGUUUUAAGUUAUAAAAAAGACGGCUACAGUCAUAACUGUUAGGCCCAGUUGAAACGUCGAACUUCUCAUGUGCCGAAACUAUAAAAGCACAAAUUACUAAAAAUCAUUUUCACUUGUUUAAAGCAUUCUGGACCACUGAACGUCGUGAAAAUGAAUCGAGUUCGACUACACUUUAAGAUCGACGCCUGAAUCAACCUCAAACCAUUCGGGUCGACCUAAAUAGGUAUUAAGUUAGGUACAUGAAAAGAUCAACGUUUGAACUAAGCCUUACCUUUCUUUUCGGCAAUUUUCCUCUGCCAUGGCGGACGACACUGGGUAGAAAACAAGCAGUCGCCAUGCGGCCGCGAGCUAAGUUAUGAAUGAACUCAGACAUUUUCGCUUUUUUUUUCAUUUCACCGAUAGGUAAAUCAAUGUAAACACAAGCCAACGCAUAUUUAACCCGUUGGUUACUCAGUUUUAGAAGAAAAGUGACAAUAAGUGUGCAUGAACUCUUAUCGGUUUCACCGUUGUCUUCACGACGAGAAACCCGGCGAAAACAUACCGUCCCAGAAGGACGACGGUAAAAGGUCACGCAUGUUUUGCGUGACGUGACAUCUAUCUAACCGUCCCAGGCGACCGUAGUCACCUAUCUUAAAGUCCCUAUUUUCGAGUAGAAGUAAUAAAAAGUAAACGACAAACUUGGUCGAUCACGUGGUACAAAUUCACGUUUGCCGUCUAGCACAAACGUGAAACUUAGUCUCUCGAGCUCUAUUGUUUUCAGCUUCUCUUGAGACGGCUGUAAUACCCACAAGAAAUUAAAAACAAAUGUUAUGUAAAGUUUUAGGCGGCGAACAAGGUGUAUUACGGGAGAUGUGCCAAUAGCGAAUGCUAAAUAAUCAACCGACCACUGCACAUAAAUACCUAGGAGUUCAGACAGAUAGAUGAAAAACUUAGCUGGGAUUUUCAUGUCAUGUGUAAGAAGCUCGCAGAAUAACAGAAAAUUUAUAACUCACGAACAGGAACGUCCUAUAGGUUUCCUUUCAGUUUAACUCAUCGUGUCGGAAGAACAGCUGUGACAGAUGAGGAAAGAAGAGCCAUAGAGGGAAAACAACAUGCUAGGGAUGAAAGAUAUACUGAAACACUACGCAGAGAUUUAAGGUAGAAAAUUGAUUCUAUAAUGUAAUACAGGGCAAAACAAAUUUAUAAGCGAGGGUAAACAACCACUACAAUAAAAACGGUUGCGCUCUUUCAAAAUUUAUUGCAUUUAUUUAGCUUCUUUCAAUUUGCCACAUGUACGCUAAUAUUUUCCUUUAGCUGAAUUGUUAAGGACUCCAUCUAGCUAUCUGAAUUCACAAAUAGAAAGGAAAAACUUUUGGCUGAGGGGUAAUCAACAAAGUUUUAUAAGGAGUGGAGAUCCAACACCUUACCCUUUUACAUACCAUUUUUGACCGAAAAGGUACUCCUUUCGUAUACCUUUUAUUGAUCAUGACAAAAGAGAACUAUGUAAAAAAGUCAUCAUUUGACGUAGUUCAUGUUACAAAUCAGUUCAUUAAUUAGACGUCUCCUAAAAACUUAGUAUUUAUGAUUUCACUUAAGUCUUUGCUUAAAUUAUUCCAUACUUUUACAACACAGUAAUAAAUAUUGAAUAUUGAAGCUAUUUUUCCAUCUCAGUCUGUCUAACAUGGACAAUAGCUCGAGUUGAAAAUUUAUCUGACUUUUGACUGCUGUAACUGCACUUUUUAGGUUACAUAUGAAUAAAUCACAAAACCGGGAAAUUUUUCGACUUUUUCGCCGUCAUAAAAGCCUUCUGUUAGCCUUUUUAGGUCCUUUUACAAACCGAAAUGACAGAUAUGAUUCCUCUACCCUUUCAUUUACUUCAACGAGUUAAAACUCUACCGUUUUAUAUACCUGAAGCGUAAAAAUGGUACCCCUUUCGGGCGGAACCUCCUCUUAUAGGCCAUUAUAUUUUUGACCCCUCCCCGGAUUUGUUGGGGUGUGUUCACGUCCUCCAUGUAUUAGGACGUUUCACUCUAUAAUCGUGCAGUGGACGUCGAUUAAACUGUAUCAAAAAAUAUGAUGCACGUGCAGAGCUCUUGCUUUUUUUUCUUCAUGAGAAAGAAUUGUGUUUUUUUUUAAGCUCUUCAGCGUUGCCGUUGACAAUCGAAGUGGAAACACCCUACUGUAUAUAUUCUCUUUUUCCGAAUUCCCCCCCAUAAUACACUCUGUUUGCCCCCCCCAAAUUUUGCGUAAGUUAUUAUUUUCACAUGCUCUAGGUAAUAAUAAUAACUUAAUAUUUAUAUUGCGCAAAAUACAUGUAAAUAUGAUCAAAUGCGCAUAGGGAAUAUGCAGUCCUCCCAGGAGCAUUUGAAGACAAUAUCUUGCAAAAUUUGGGGGGCAAACAGAGUGUAUUAUGGGGGAUUCGAAAAUAGAGAACUGAUUAUUGUUGUUAUUGUAGCCUCUAAUAUAUAAACUCUUCCUCUUAAAUGCGCGCUCUUGUUGUCUCUCUCUUUCACUAGGGUCCUUAUCAUUAUCAUCAUCAUCAUCAUCAUCAUCCUGAAAAAAGUGAAUGCAAGUGUGAAACCACCGCACUUUUUUUAAAAGGCCUGCUCGGACAGAAAUAAGAAUUGAAAGACGCUUGAAUGUAUCCAGUUAGCUUGCCUGUUUAGCUGACGGUGCUGCAGACCGGCUUCAUUCCGCGGUUGCUCUGCAAAGCCGCGAGAAAAACAGGGCUGGCUAAGUCGCCAAACAGCACUCUUGCACGCUGAUCCCGCCAACAAACAAAACGAGUUCUUAUACCCGGCCAAACUGAUUUUUAGUACUUUUUUCUUUACAGCAAUCUGGAAAGGAGGAAGAAUGAAAUUCAAAGAAAAAGUUCCGCAGAACGACGUAAGCUAGAAACAUUAAAAGACUUAAAGCAAAAAGUUUUAAUGAAUCAGCUCCUCCAGCGGAUCCAGCUGCUUCCGAAGAAAAAACCGCUGGACACCAAAACUGUUUGCUCAGUUCCUGAUGUUCGCUUCGCAAGUUGCGCUUUUAGUGAUGUGACACCUUAAAAUAAACAAACAGUUAUUAACAAUUACUUACUUAUUAUCUACCUUACAAACAGAAUUACUAUUAAACUUAUUCCGAGAGCAAAGAAUACGUGUUCUUUUCUGAUCCAUUAUUAAACAUGAACAAAUAACUGAAGCAUUUUUGUUUUGUUCAAGUUUCUUUAAAAUCCCGGGUUAAAAUGUAGUACAUGUAAACAGUUGUUUUGAUGUCAUAAUUUUGUAGUGGAAAGCAAAACAAAUCAGAUUCCUCUAGGAGAUAGAAUUAUUUGA